UACUCUCUAUAAGUAUACCAAAACGGAGGUGUCCACACCAUCUACUUCUCAUUAAACUUUUUACCAACCUCUCUAGACCUCAAUCUAAAAGUCUGUGAUCAGUUUAGCAGAAAUCUGAGCAUGGCUAGCUCAGCUAACCUAAGGCUGCUAUGUGCAGUUUUUGUGUGCGUAAUUGUGGUUGCACCACAUGCAGAGGCUGCCAUCAACUGUGGUGUGGUUUCUCAGACCCUUGCACCAUGCCUUGGAUUCCUAGAGAAUGGUCAAGGACCACCAGCAGCAUGCUGUGAUGGUGUUAAAACCCUCAAAAAAUUGGCAACUACAACAGAAGACAAAAGAACUGCUUGCAGGUGCAUAAAAUCAACAGCUGCAGCCAUUCCUGGUAUCAAGCAGACAAACAGCGUUGCACUUCCACUCAAAUGUGGGGUCAGCAUUCCAGGGGAUGUUGGCCCCAAAACAGACUGCUCUCAGAUAAAUUAGACCUGAAGUUUCCAGGAGCAAAGCACUAGUAAACCAAAAAUAACCUGGUUGGGUUCUGAGUUCAUACAAAACAAGUUCCCCAAUAUUUCUCAUCAAGUGUAGGCUUAUAGAAGUUUCAGAUGAUCAAUGUAUUUAUCAUAUACAAUAUGUAUGUUACUUACAUCUUGAGUGUCAUAUAUCAUCUAAUUCCUCUAUGUGACAGAUAUAAAGGAUGAUAAAAUAUUUAAAUAAAAUCUCUUUUAUCUUUCUAAUCUCAAUAA